AUGGAGUCCCUGGGCGUGCUGCUGCUCUACCCGGUGAACGCGUACCUGGAGCAGGAGCUGGACCGCCGCUGCCGCCUGUACCGUUUCUGGGAGUCGCCCCGCGAUGAGUUCCUCCGCGCGCACGCGGGCGCCGUCCGCGCCGUCGUCGGCAAUGCCAACUACGGCGCCGACGCCGCGCUCAUCGACGCGCUCCCGGCGCUCGAGAUCGUCGCCUCCUUCUCCGUCGGCAUCGACCGCGUCGACCUCGCCAAGUGCCGCGAGCGCGGGAUCCGGGUCACCAACACCCCCGACGUCCUCACCGACGACGUCGCCGACCUCGCCGUCGGACUCGCCAUCGCCGUGCUCCGCAGGAUCCCGCAGGCCGACCGCUACGUCCGCGCGGGGCUCUGGAAGUCCAGGGGCGACUACACCCUCACCACGCGGUUCAGCGGGAAGAGAGUGGGCAUCAUCGGGCUGGGCAGGAUCGGGCAGGCGGUGGCGAGGCGCGUGGAAGCCUUCGACUGCCCGGUGAACUACCACCAGCGGACGGAGCAGAAGUCGGUGUACCCGAACUACACCUACUACCCGACGGUGGUGGAGCUGGCGUCCAACAGCGACGUGCUGGUGGUGGCGUGCCCGCUGAACGCGUCGACCCGGCACAUCGUGAGCCGCGAGGUGAUGGAGGCGCUGGGCCCGAAAGGCGUGCUGAUCAACGUCGGGCGCGGCCCCCACGUCGACGAGCCCGAGAUGGUGGCGGCGCUGGCGGACGGGCGGCUCGGCGGCGCCGGGCUGGACGUGUUCGAGGACGAGCCGAACGUCCCCGAGGCCCUGCUCGGGAUGGACAACGUCGUGCUGGUGCCGCACGUCGGCAGCGGCACCUACGAGACGCGCAAGGCCAUGGCGGACCUGGUGCUGGGGAACCUCGAGGCGCACGUGCUCAGCAAGCCGCUGCUGACUCCGGUGCGGGGCGGCCAAGUGGAGAAGAAGCAAGAGAGUCCCAGCCCCACUGACGUGUGGGGUAGCAUGCUACUCAUCACGUUGAGGAGUGAGCCCAGCGGAAGGGACGGGGACCCAACGCCUCAUCUCACCUCCCGUCCCGUCCAUUUCUCGCGGCGACCAAGACGACGCACCAGAGUCCAGAGAGAACGAGAUCUAGACGACGAGGAGCUGAGGAAGAGGCACAGGAAGCAGGAGAACACAGGAGAGCAAGAACGAACCGCGCGUCCGUCCGGCCGGCGCGAUGAAGCGCAGGGCGUCAGGUCGUCGGACGCGACGAGCCAGGCGACGACGACGCCGCCGCGGACACCCAAGACCCCGAACAACAAGCGGCCGGCGUACUACGUGCAGAGCCCGUCCCACGACGGCGGCGGCGACAAGUCGUCGUCGUCGACAACGACGACGACGGCGCACACUACGCCGGUGUACAACAGCCCGCUCGACUCGCCCUCGCACGCUUCCUCCACGGGCCGCCACUCCAGGGUCUCCUCCGCCACCCGCUUCUCGGGCACGCUGCUCCGGUCCGCCUCGCCAGCCGCCGGCAGGUCCGCUGGCGCCGGGCGGAAGAAGCGGCACGGCGGCGGAUCUGGCCACAAGAAGAAGAAGUGGCGCGAGGUGGGCGGCGUCAUUGACGAGGAGGCGGCGGACGAGUCAGACGACGAGGUCGACCAGGAGCAGGAGGAGGAGGAGGAGCUCCCGGUGUGCUGCGGGGUGGUCUUGUGCGCAUUGAUCCUCGCGUUCGCCGCCGCCUGCCUUGUCGUCUGGGGCGUUGCUCGCCGCUACAAACCCACCGUCGUCGCCAAGAGCCUGACAGUGCACAACUUCUACGCCGGGGAAGGCACGGACCGCACCGGGGUGCCGACGAAGCUGGUGACACUAAACUGCUCGCUGGCGAUGUCCGUCCACAACCCUUCCGCCAUGUUCGGCAUCCACGUCUCCUCGAGCUCCAUCCGGCUCAUGUACUCGGAGAUCGCCAUCGCCACCGGUCAGCUCCACAAGUUUUACCAGCCGAGGAAGAGCCGCCGCGCCGCGGCCGCGGUCCUGCACGGCGAGAAGACGCCGCUCUACGGAGCCGGCGCCACGCUUGUGGUGGCUAACGACGCCGGAGGCAAAGGGAAGGUGCCGCUGACGCUGGAGCUGGCCGUCAAGACCAGAGGGCACGUGAUCGGGAGGCUUGUGAGGGUGAAGCACGCCGUGCGCGUCAGGUGCCCGGUCGCCAUCGACCCCGGCAGCUCCAGGCCGGUCAGGUUCCGUCGGAGCGAUUGCAGUUACAGGCGACGAUGA